AUCCUGAUGUGAAAGCCGACUGCUAAACUGCCAAGCCAAUGUAGCGACGGACAAGUACAAACACAGCCUUUCAGAAGCGAGUCGCCGAUAAUGUCUGCUGCCAGUCUGCCAAAGUGCCUACUUUAAAAAAAAAACAAUUCCUUGACUGACCAACUCGAUCAUAACAGCAGGACGGGUGCAGUGUGAAUACCAGUGUUACAUGUUGGUGUUGUGUUCAUCAGGUGCUUUAACCUACAGGACAUCCAAUGGUAUUGAUUCAAAGCAACUUCAGGUUAUUGUGCCAUGGCCUCUAAGUCACAUCCUCCUCUAAUGAAGAAACACAGUCAGUCAGAUCUGGUGAGCCGGCUGAAGACCAGGAAGAUACUGGGGGUCGGAGGAGAGGACGACGAUGGAGAGGUGCAUAGGUCAAAGCUCAGUCAGAUGCUGGGGAAUGACAUCAAGUAUCAGGUGCGAGAGCCUGUUGGUCUAAGGCUUUGGAUCGCCAUCUCUGCGUUUGCCUUCACAGUUAUGGCCUUGAUGGCCCUGGUGUGUCCCAACCAGCUCUAUGAGGUGGUGUUUGAAGAAGAGAUCAGCAACACCAGCAUCUCCAUCAGGCUCUAUGGAGGAGCACUACUCAGUCUAUCCCUCAUCUUGUGGAAUGGUGUGUAUACACAGGAGAAGGUUAUCAUUCAAUGGACUCUGCUCAGUGAGGCAUGCUACUUUGCUGUCCAGUUUUUAGUUACGUCUGUCACCCUGGUGGAGAUGGGCUCGUUGCCCAACUCUGCCGUCCUCCUCCUCCUCAGCCGGGUGCUCUUCCUCCUGGUCACUCUCUUCUAUUACUACCACCUGGGGAGAGGACGAGCCAAGAAGAUCUGAGAUGGAGGGGAGGAGAGAGGACGAGCCAAGAUGAUCUGAGAGCAGGGAGGGGAGGGGACUGAGU